UGUGCCAUCGGCGAGAUGCUUCUCAAUCGGGUGGGAGGCUUGGAGCGGCCGAAAGGGAAGUUUAGGCGAUGGCUGGGCCCUCAAUGCCAUCUGCCAGGAGAAAGCGAUGGUGACCCUCGAUGCUUUCCGUCAGGAGAACCCGGAGACCGACGAGUGCCGCGUCGACGACGAGGAUGCGGACACCGGCGACCUGGCUUAUACUGACACCAAGGACCUGGCUUAUACGGACACCAAGGACCUGGCUUCCGGCAUGAGGAGCCUCGAGGAGGAGAUUUUCCUCCCACUUCUUCCUCCGGUGCCAGCGGGAUCGGCGACGGAGCUGAGCGAUCCUUAGCGCCUGGCUGAACUCGGGUAUUUUCUUGCGGUGUCGGACGACGAGCUUGGCCUCCCGCCGGCUGCGCCAUCAUCGUCGUCGUCUUCAUCAGAGCCGGUGGCGGCGGCGGCCGACGGGGAGGAGGCGGCGGAGAGCGAUGGAUUGGAGGAGAGCAGGGAGCCCGGUGUACGAACGGCAGAGGAGCGGAGGGUCGAGCAGUAUGGCUUCAUACUGCCUACUCCAACUCGGGCCAACCCCACCGAGCCCUCUUCCUUUUCUCCAUCAUGAGAACGUGCGCCGCUCGGCCUGAUUGCUUCUCCUUCACCGCGGUCCUCGCCGCCUCUGCCAACCUCCACGACCUCAGCAGCGGAAGGUCCACGCCCUCCUCCUUCGACUCGAGCUUCGCUUCUCGCUGCCGGUCUCCAAUUCUCUUCUCAAGAUGUACGGCAAGUGCUCCUGCACUUCAGAUCUGGACGGGCUUUCGAGGAAAUGGAAGAACGCAACGAGGUAUCAUGGUGCUUCCUGCUCCAUGACUGUGUGAAUUCGGGAUAGCAGGAUGACGCCCAUCAGUUGUUUGAUGCAAUGGCUGUUAGAAAGACGAUUUCAUGGAAUAUGCUUAUUAUGGGCGAUGCUCGGCUGGGCGAGAUCGAACACUGGAUAAGUUUGCUCAAGAAGAUGCAAUUGUUGGGUGUGGAAGGGAAUGUCACCACAUUUGGUUGCCUCAUGAAUGCUUGCUCUGAUUUUUCAGACCCUCGCUUUGGUCGUAUGAUCCAGGCAUUCAUUUAUCAAAAGGGAUGGGAUGUUGCUGUUGAGGUUAACAAUUCAGUUCUCAGCUUUUAUUCCAAAUUUGGCUUCUGUAACAAUGCAUUGAAGGCGUUCGAGUCUAUGGAGACUCGAACAAUUGUCUCAUGGAUUGCUACUAUGAAGUUUGGUGAUGCGCAUGGAGCUCUUCUUCUGUUUCUCAUGCAACUAAAUCUUGAUGAUUUUACUCCUAAUCAAGUACAUGACUCUCAAAUAUCAUGGAGAAAUUUCAUUUGCCUUGAACUGACAAACGAGCAUGGAUGAUCUUGCUAAAUCUUUAGAUGAGGAGAGCAUAAGACUUACCGUUGAUGACAUUUUGCCUACCAUCAAAGAAACUGUCGCUGCAUUUGGUAUAUCCAUGGAUGAUCUUGAACAAUGCAAGUAAACUCAAGUUGCUUGUCUCAUGUAUAAAUUUCUGCUGGUUUAACAACUCCUUUUUUUUAAAUAUUUUUUUUAGCAAAGAAGAUGCCUCUCAUAGUUUU